CAGCUUCGUCGCCACGCCAACGAACGCCCCCCGCGUAUAAACGCCACCGCCACCGCGCUCCUCUCUCUCUCUCUCCUCCGAUCGAUCCAAGAAUCGAAGCAGAGCGGAGCAGCGUCGCCGGCGAGAGAGAGAGAGAGGUGUUCCGGCGCCGGGAUGAAGCUCAGGUCGCCGAUGUCGCGGCGCGCGCCGCCGACGAUGCUGGCGCUGCCGGCGCCGCCGCGGCUGGGGUGGGGAGGGAGGACGGUGGUGGUCGGUGUACGGGACGACGCGGAGGGGAGGGAGCUGCUCACCUGGGCGCUCGCCAUGGUCGCCUUCGCCGGCGACCGCGUCGUCGCGCUCCACGUCGCCACCCCCGCCGCCGCGGCCGGCGCCGAUCAAGAAGGCGCCAUGAGAAUGGCGGCGAGGAGGAUCAGAGCCACGGAAUCGCUCGCCGCAUUGCUCCGCGCGUACGACGGCUUCUGCGAUCUCAACCAGAUCAGCCUGGAGCUCAGAAUCUGCCAUGGAUCAUCCAUCAAGAAGGCUCUCGUGAACGAGGCGAGCUCCUAUGGCGCGGCGCACCUCAUCCUCGGCGUCACAAACAACUCCCGGAGCCAUCUCCGGCCAUCUUCGUCGCCGUCGUCCUCCUCCGCCGCCGUCGCGAAGUACUGCGCGAAGAGAGUGCCUCCGAGCUGCUCGGUCCUCGCCGUCGGCAAUGGCAGGGUCGUGUACAGGCGAGACGCCGCGCAGCAGCAACUCAACCAGUGCAUCAGCCCACUGGUGGAGACGCCGAGGAGGAUUUACCGGAAGAUUUACCGGAAGCUCGUCAGAGCGGCGACGACGAUCACCCGCGAGAAAUCCCAGGACGACGCGGCGAUCGCCGGCGGCGGCCGGCACCUUCGCCGGAACAUCUCGACGCCGACGAGCGCCCCCGUCUCGCCGGUCGUAGCGUUCACGCCACGUCAGGCGGAGGUCGCCGCCGGCUGGCCGCUCCUCUCGCCGGACCUGAAGUCCGCCUUGCCAGAGUGGACGGAGAUGUCGGUGGCGCGGUGGGCAAUGCAGCUGCCGAGCCGGUGUCCGGCGCCAUCGCCGCUAAAUCCACGCAACAACUCCGGCGACCAAGCGACCUCACCGGCCAUCACCGCAUCGGAAACUCCAUCUCCGGCGACCGAUGAAGCGGCGGAGCAGGUUGCACAAGAGCUUGCCUCGCUGAGAAACAAGUACUCAUCCAAGUACACCAUGUUCAGCUACAGCGAGCUUGCAAGAAUCACUUCCAACUUCUCACCAGAUCGGAUAAUCGGCAAAGGCGGGGCGAGCGAGGUGUACAAGGGUUGCUGUGAUGAUGGCAAGGAGGUUGCAGUGAAGGUGCUGAAAUCUUCAGACAAGGUGAUGGAGGAGCUCGUCUCGGAGAUGGAGAUCGUCAGCUCCGUCCGCCACGGCAACGCCAUGCCGCUCACCGGGUUCUGCCUCGACGGCGGCGGCGGCGCCGCCAAGAUCAUGCUGGUCUACGACUACAUGGCGAGAGGCAGCCUCGAGGAGAUCUUGCACGGUGAAAAGGAGGGAAAAGAUCUGUUUGGUUGGCCGGAGAGGUUCAAGGUGGCCGCCGGAGUAGCACGAGCGCUCGUGUACCUCCACGGCGGCGACGGCGACGGCCGGCCGGUGAUCCACAGGGACGUCAAGUCGUCCAACAUCCUCGUCUCUGAAGAUUUCCAACCAAAGCUGUGUGACUUCGGCCUCGCGCUCUGGGCGGCGGAGGCGGCGUCUCCGGUCACCGGCGACGAUGUCGCCGGCACAUUCGGGUACUUGGCUCCAGAGUACUUCAUGCACGGCAAGGUCAGCGACAAGAUCGACGUGUACGCCUUCGGCGUCGUCCUCCUCGAGCUCGUCUCCGGGAGGAAGCCGGUGAGCUCCGGCGGCGGCAAGGGCAAGGAGAGCCUCGUCAUGUGGGCGAACACCAUCAUACAAGGAGGAAAGCUCACUGACCUCGUCGACCCCAGCCUGCCGACGGACGGCAGCGGCGUCGCCGGCGAGGUCGAGAGGAUGACCCUCGCCGCCGCCCUCUGCAUCCGGCGAUCGCCGCAACGCCGGCCUAGCAUUGCAAAUGUUCUGAAACUGCUCGACGGCGAUGGCGACGCUGUCAGGUGGGUGAGGUCGCAGGCCGGUCUGUCCGCCGGCGACGACACCGACGACGGCGAUGGCGCUUCGCCGGAGAAGAAGGACAUCCAGUCGUACAUCAACCUUGCGCUGCUCGACGUCGUCGACGACUCGGCGUCCGUCAGCAGCGGCGGCGGCGACUUCACGGCGGCGAACGUGUCGCUGGAGGAGUACACGAAGGGGAGAUGGAGCCGGUCAUCGAGCUUCGACUGAAGAGAUGAUCCAUCAUUUCCAAUUUUUGGGAAAAUUGGAACAAUGCCAUUAUAAUUUUGCAAAAUUUAAGAUAUGUUAUUCUGACCCACAUAUCAUUGACUCAUGUGGGUCCUACAUGUCAUUGAGAUGCCGAUGGCAUAUCUCAAACUUUGCAAAAUUAUAAUGACAUGGUUCCAAUUUACCCUUUAUUUUCUGGGUGUACAUAUUGAUCUAAUCAUUCAUUCAGUUCAUUGUAUUUUUCAUGUGUUA